ACUUUAAUAAUAAUACUUAAAUAAACGUUACACAAGUGUUGGCCACAUACAUUAUUUUAUUUUUUGGCGUCUAUGACGUAAAAGUGUCAUAUAUAAGUGUAGGUUGCUUCAAGCUAUCCAGUCAAUUGAUAAUUGUCAAUUAUACCUAACGCAUCGUAUCCAAGUGGAAAGUUAUUAGUUGCGAUGAUCGCUAUUGCUAUUAUUUGUCUAGCAGUUAUUGCUAGUACCUCUUCUCAGCAAAUAUCUCAAAAUUCAGGAUACAAUGGACCAGCUGUAAGUAUUAUCAACUCCCCGGAAUUCAAAAGAUACUUAACAAUGAAGGGAUUGAAACCAUUGGACAGUUUCAACCCUGAUGAUAGUCCAAGCCAAGAAAAACCCAACCCAGCUCAAAUUUUAGAGAGCUUACAAAAAAGUUUUAACGCUUCCCGAGACGAACUGUAUGAAUCCGUCGAUAAUUACUUAGUGGGAAUAGUAAGGGAAUUUAAGGAAUAUAUUAUUAAUUUCCUGGGAAAUAUCGGCUCGUUUGUGGAGCAAAAUCAGUAUGAAUUAGGCAACAAUACAAUCAAAGCAGUCGAUCAAGCACUUCAAGCUAAAUAUGCUUCUUUUGUCUCUGAUUUGAUGCUUGCUACUGACAACGCUGUCGAGGAUUACAACACAAAAGUUGCGGCUAUCACUCAGAAAUUGGAACGUAAAUUGGCGGAGUUGAACGAAAGAGCAGAGGCCGCUUUAGGAGGAGGAAAUAAUGGUGCCACGCCUGUUUUGGACACUCAAAAACCGACAAAUAAUAGACCCAGCACGUUUACUGAUUUUAAUGAUAGCAAGAUAAAUUUGCAUAGUGAAGGCGAAAGUAAACUGCGUUUACCUGAUAUAUAAUUUUGCUGUCGAUAAAUGUUCUUUAAGGUUUAUUGACAAUAAAUUUUACGCUUGAUUU